UUCUCUCUCUCUCUCUCUCUCUCUCUAUCUCUAAACUUCCGAUCACUCUGUUUGAUCAAAUCUCCGCCGUCAGAUUCUUCACCGGAGCUGAAGAAUAGUAAUAAAUAUUCCGACUGAGGUUCUGAAGUUUUCCGGCAUGGAAGAGCUACCGGCGACCGCCGUGGAGUACUUGCCCCCCGGAUUUAGAUUCCACCCUACCGACGAGGAGAUCGUGACUUAUUAUCUUAUCCAAAAGAUCGUCGACGCCACCUUCACCGCCGCCGCCAUCGGAGAAGCCGACUUGAACAAGUGCGAGCCUUGGGAUUUGCCUCAGAAGGCGAAGAUGGGAGAGAAAGAAUGGUACUUCUUCUGCCAGAGAGACCGGAAGUAUCCGACCGGAACGAGAACGAAUCGGGCGACGCAGACCGGGUACUGGAAGGCGACCGGAAAAGAUCGGGAGAUUUUCAAAGGAAAAGCGGUUCUGGCCGGAAUGAAGAAGACGCUGGUUUUCUACAAAGGGAGAGCUCCCAAGGGCGAAAAAACCAACUGGGUUAUGCAUGAGUUUCGUCUCGAACCCAAAUUCUCCCACCAUCUUCGUCUUCCCAAAUCCUACAAGGACGAAUGGGUUGUUUGCCGGAUUUUCCACAAGAACGCCACCACCACGGCGGCGACGGCGGCAGCAAGAAGAGCUCAAACUUCUGAUUUUUCUUCAUCUGAUCUCCCACCUCUCAUGGAUCCCACCGCCGCUCAUAUUCUGAUCGCCGGCGGAAUGAAAUGGAGGCCGCCGGGACCAUCCGGAUAUUACCCGAAAUACAUCUCCGUCGGCCCAAACGAUCACCACCACCACCAACCGCCGCCGCCGGCGAUAAUUCCAGCGACGAACCCAUUCCCGCCGGUUCCAGACGACGGGUUCUUCUCCUUCGAGCAUCUGGCCGGCGGGACGGCGGCGGCGGCGGCGAUGGAGUGUAAGAUGGAGGAGGAGCUAUCGUCCUCCGUAGACUACUACGAGGCGGCGGCCAUGGCGGAUCUGGACCUGUGGGAUUACUGAAAAUUAAUUAAUCAAAACUUAAAAAAUUGAUGAGCAAAUGCGAUGGUUUUUUUUAAAAUUGGCAUUUUCCCAUCUUCCCAUUUGAACAUUGAUUCAUCAUCAUCACCAAUAGUUUGCUAAUUAAUUUGAUUGAUUUUGAUUUUGAUUUUGAUUUUUGGGUUUAGAUUCUGAUUCCUCUGUUACAUAGCCAGCUUCAGAUGGGUCUGUUUCUUUUUUCUUUUUUUGGGAGGGAAUAUUGGAAGAACUUUCCUGGCUGCUGUAUUUAUUCUUAUAAAGUAGUAAUUAAUAUGACAUUAUAAUGUAUAGGUUGUUUCUUUUUUCCUUCCCUUUUUUGAUAACAUUGUAAUUCUUGUAAUUAAUAUGACUCAGACGUGAAUCAUUGUUUCUCAUUUCU